CUAUAACAGUCUUUUGAGAGACAAAUUAACAGGUGUUACCUUUGAUGCGGUUUCAUCAUAUUGAAAAACACAGCAAAGAUUCCUGGGUACACCACCAAGGCUGCCGCUCCGAUAACAGGAUAAUAUCUCCCUCCAUGCCCCUCCUCUUUUUUGUGUUGUGUGUGAAAAGCAAAUACAGCUGUAGAUGGAGUUAUAGCUGUUACUAACUCCACCCACCCGGCCCCUGGGACAGCUUAAACUAACAAACUUAAUGUCUGGGCGCUCUUGUCGAGUAUCUCAGACUAUGUCAUUUGUAGAUGAUUGUGUGGAACCAGUUGGAUGAUUGGCUACAAUGCUGUUUUCUCAAAGAAAAAAACAGAAGGUGACGCUACUGUAUCUCUUCGUACUCUGCUCAACCCAGCAUUCAGCCCAACCUGAGACUCGGCAGGUGAAAGGCAUUGUGGGAAAGUCUCUCUCUUUUCUAGUGACGGUGUUGAAGUCUGGCAAUUUACUUUAUGGAGACCUUGGCAAUGUUGCACAGGUGCACCCUGGUAAACAAAGUAAUACAAACCUUGUGAAGAGAUUUAAAGACUGCCUUCACUGGAACAAUGUUACUGGAUUCUUCACUUUGACAGACCUACAAAUAGACGAUUCUGGGGUUUAUACUGUGGAGAAUGUAGAAGAAGAUGAAGAGAAGAUGACACAUACAUUUCAGCUUACUGUGUACUAUGUUCUGUCCAAACCUCAGGUGACGGUCCAUGAAAACAUCUCCUGUAGAGUGGUGUGUUCUGUGGAGAACGGGAGAGAUGUUACCCUGUCCUGGUACAGAGGAGAGGAGAUACUCAACCAGACCAGCAGCCCUGACCUCAACAUCACCCUCUCUCUACCUCUCAAGGUGGAUGAACAGAACAGAGACUCUUACAGAUGUGAGGCUGCCAACCCAGUCAGCAAGGAGACCGCUGAUGUUCCACAUUCCUGUAUAGAGAGUGAUCCCUCCAAGGUGACAGAUGGUGAUGAGAGCACUCGAGGUUUUCUUAUUAUUGCUGUAAUCUCCGUUUUGGUUGCUUCAGGACUUGUUGGACUUGCAAUCUGUCUUAAGAAGAGGAGAAACAGACACUCACAUGCAGAUUCACCUGAAAGAAAGCAAGAUGACAUUCUGUAUGCAGAGAUAACUCACAUUAAACCAGUAGAUAACCAGGAGGAGCGAAGAGGUAUACCAGAACUGGAUCCGCUUAGAGACAACCCUAACCUGACAUUAGUUUAUUAUACACUCCAGUUACAUCACAUGGCUGCCAGCAAGGAUGUUAACACUGCAUGAAGUAGAGAGAGAGAGAACAGCAAGUUACUGAGAGGGUGACAUGAUAAUUCACAUCCAAGAGAAGGCGUUACAUCUUACAGUGGACAUUGAGAAAAAGUUAUAGUAAAUAUUCAUCUAGAAAACAUAAUGAUGGCACAGUUUUUCCUGGAGGAAAUUCCCAUUUAACGAUUGUGCUGUUAUCAUUUCAAACUUCCUUUGAUGGUCAUUCUCACAGUCUUUGUUGAAUUGGGGCCUCGAUCAGAUUCACUGAUAAAGACACAUUUAAUAACUAUGCCUAGGGUUAUUAGUAGGGUGAUCGCUCUUUUCAAGUGCCCAUUGUCCCAAUGUAUAGGUUAAAACAAAUGGAACCUCUUAAUACAAUUCACUAGUGUUUGCUAUGCUACUGCUGGUCAGAAGCUUAUUUUCAGUACUGUCUGUUCUGUUGUUUAAAUGUAGGUGCCUCCCCUGUAUCUUUUUAUAGCUGGUCAUUGUAUAGCUUGCCAGUGGAUAGCAGCUGUGUACAUAAAAAGCAGAUGUUUGGUGAGAUAAAGCCACCUACUCCUCAGCACAAUGGCUAUUAGGCUACGUUGGAAACCACCAUGUACAUUGGAAACCACCAUAUAGAUUCUGUUGAAACAUUUCUGAGUGGUAGAUCUUGAUUUGCCUUUUGACUCAGAAAGUGUUCUUGGUUGACAUUUUACUCUUAUUGCUUUUCACAAAAUGCAGACAUGAUUAAGUGUAGUUCAGAUCUUGCUUUGACAACAACUGUGUUCAUGCAGUUUGAAUGUACAAGAGUCACAGUUUAGUUUAUUAUAAUCGACCAUUUACUGCUUGUCCUUAUCUACACAGUAUGUAGGUCAUCAUCUCUUAAGAAUACAAUCACUCCCUCCUGCUUGCUCCUGUAGUCUCUCCUAUUGGAGCAUGUUGUGCUCCACCUACAUUAGCCCACAUACAGUAUAUAUCUGUGAAAAAACAUCUUCCAUUUUUAUACUUUUCUAUUUCAGAGUAGUUACUGAGACGGAAUAUUAAGGUCAUUUAAUUCACAUUUCACUAUUCUAAAAUACAGUAACUGUCUGACUUAUUCAAACUGAUAAAGAUUUUUGUACUGAGGUUUUUUGUACUGAGCUUCAAUAUAUCAAGUCAGACUUACCCAUACAUUCAAUAUAAAGGUAUACAAUCUGGGAUAUUUUCUAAUGUUAAAUGGUCAUCAACCCCCCAUUCUGCUUGAAAAAUAUACUUACCUUAUCACAACCCAAAAUAUUAUUUAAGUUUACUCUAUUGUUUAUAUUUUUGUUGUCAUUUUUGUUUUUGUAAACAAAGAAUGUACUGCUUCAACAUACCUCUGAAAACUGUCAGUUGUUGCAGCCAUAGCUGCGUUCAAGAGUCUAAGGUUAGCAACAUUUCUCCAGAGACAUUUCUCUAGAAACACACAACCUCCAGAUUCUGGUUUUAAAGUUUGAUCUAGAUAGUUUGUGUGUAUGUAUUUUAAAUUGAUGUAGUUCUUUCCUUGAGCUGUUGUCUAUUAAUGUUCUGUGUUUAAGUGAUAAUGCCAGAGAAGCAGGUGUUUGGAGGGCAAACCGUGCCAAUAUAUCCUCCAAGCACCAGCUUCGAGGGCAUUAUCACUUUUAUACAACAGGUUACCAACAUAUUUAAAUAAUGAUUGACAUAUUUUCAUUAAAUGUUUUAUUUUGAUGAAUUUAUUCAUACUAUUUCAUUCUUCCACAAAAUAUAGUCCCGAAACAAAUCUAGGGUUGCUAUUCAAGCCGGCUGAUUGCUUGGUUCCAGUUUCCAGAGACGCGACCCAGUCGUUCAGUCUUUUUGUUCUGUAUCCAUGGACGCGACCCAGUCGUUCGUUUAUAAAUGUUCCAUUGCCAUACUGGCUGGCAACUUUCUUAUCCCUUGCUUGCUUGCUAGCUAACUACGACCAACUUAGACUCACGUGAAACAGUGCAGACAGAAUAUCAACAGUAGCUGCAUUUUAUAUAAGCUGUUUUCUAGUGACAUUUAUUUGGAUACAUCCAUAACAAUGAGCUAAAGAGGUACGAUUUUGCCUGGCAUAGAAAAUGUGCUUACUAGUCAGGACACUUCUUUCAGAGGAGCUAGCCAACAACACAGCUAACACAAUUACUUCCAACUGAAACUCAAAGACUGCAAACUAACUUCGUUUUACCUUUUUUCAAUUGACAUUUCUUUGUAGAUAUCCAUAAAAAUGAUGCCAGCUGAUUUAUGAUUUUGACAGGCUGAGAAACUCUGCCUAACUCUCUCUCUCUCGUCCCAACUCCCGACCCCUACACAUUCAUUACUAUGGGACAGUUGGAGAUCAAAUCUGAAUAUUGAAACAAUAUUACAUAUGUCGGAGAGACAGACAACAAGGUUUAUACAAAUCUCCGCUAUUGAAACUAAAUGUUAGUCUAAAAGAAAUGUGAGAUAAUGUCUAGAUGCUUUUUGUAGUGGAGAUCAAGUUUAUAAAUUGCUUGUCUGAUGAGACAGUGGAUUGCGCAGUCAGAUGGAACAGGGUAAAUAGGCAAUUUAACGUCAUAGAUUUAUCCGGUGGUAACUUGUGGAAUAGACACCGGCUGGAAUAUGCAUUUAACCAAUCAGCAUUCAGGAUUAGACCCACCCGUUGUAUAAUAUGUCAUGUUUCAUGUUUUGUGUUGACCCUACGAAGAGUAGCUGCUGCUUUUGCAACAGCUAAUGGGGAUCCUAAUAAAAUACCAAAUACCAAAUGUAGCCUACUUCUAGGGUCAAAUUAGGAGGGACCACUGUAAUUUUGGGUGGUGUUCAAGUUUGUUUCUCUAUUUAUUGAGUUUAAGUGUAUUUGGGACAUUUUGUCCUGUUACUUUUAAUGCCAGGCAGCUGUACAAUUCUAAUAUUAAAAGAAUGAUGACUAAUCCUCUUACAAUUCAACCAUUGCUUUCAAGGAAACAAUGCGUUUUUCUUCUAAUGUAUUUUCCACAUAUAGUGGUUACACAUUUUUAUAUUUCAGUAUACUGUAUACUGUACAUACUACACCAUGUUGUAGUCUGAGCCAGUAUAUUGUAAGUGUAACUUAAAUCAUGUGUCAGCAAAAUGUUCUCAAACCUUUCUAUGCUUUUACAUUUGAACUGUGGCCAUGCAUUAUUGUGCCAAUUUAUAUUUUACAUAAAACAUUUCUUGUAAAUUAUGCCAUGCCAAUUAUUAUUUUAAUCACACUUGGUCAGAAAACAUGAGUGCCUCAUUUAUCAUUCCGUGUAUUUCUGUGGUGUAUUUUUCCACAAAGUUCAGAUUGUGCAAUGUUGUGAUUCCAGCGUUUUGUUAUACAAAAUGUAUAUUGUAUAUAAAAAAAACUUUACGAUAAAGUGGUCUGACAUAA